GAUUUUGCGGUACGGAUAUAAUGAAUCAGUUUAACACCUCUAAUAAUCACUAGUUUAUAAUGUGAUGUAAGUUGUGGAGUGUAUUCUAAAGUUUGACGAUGAAAAGGAUUAUGCGUAUUCUAUUUUUGAUGAGUUUUGUUUAUUUAUUAAAAGCUGACGAGGAUGCAACCCCUGAUGAAAGCAAGACCACUUUCGAAGACUAUCCAUCAAUAGAAUUAGCUAUCACUCCUAUGGAUAUUGCCAGUGAUAUGGACGAGAAACCUGACUAUGCAUAUUUGAAGGACCCUUCCAGUGAAGAAGUUUAUAAAGCCGCUAAGGUUAGCAUUCAAUACAAAGAUUCUUCCAGUGAGCUAAAAAGCGAAAAAGACAGUGAAAAGGCAGUAGAGAAUUUAAAUAAUACAGAUACUGCUGGAACAUCUCACAGUUUAAACCAUAAAAUUAUAUCUGAAUUACCAAAUAGUACGGAUAGUAAUAACCAAAAUCAAACUUUAAUAGAUAAAAGUGUCCAUGACAGCAACAUUAUAAAUGAAAAUAAAACCAUUUCGGAUAGCCAAGAAGUUAAAAAACCUGAUGCUCAAUUAGUUGGCAAAACCUUUAAAUCUGACUUAGAAAACUCCAGUAAAAGUACUACUACACCCAAACCAAAGACAACAAUCGAUGAUAUUGAUGAUUUAAUAUUAGAUAAGUACAUAAAAAAUUAUGACGAUGAUGAAUUUAAUAAAAGUCUUUAUCACGAAACUCAAAAUAAAUCUGAUGAAAGUGAUUCUGAACUCGAUGGAUUAGAUCACGAUUUUCGACCAAGCAGAAGAAUGUUUGAUUUUGUCCCUGGUAUGAAUUUUAAGGGAAGCUCUGAAAGCCACCAACUUUUGCAGCCUAGUAUUCCAAUUAAUGCACCUCAGCCGCCAUUUGAUGAUAGACCAAAUCCCUCAAAUACUUUCUCACCUAUAUUAUUACCAAACAGACACGUACCAGAUCCAUACAGACUGAAAAACAUACGGUUACCUCACAACUAUAAUGAGGGGCCAUUCCAAUUUGGUGACUCACGAGACAUGCUAAACCCUAACUCAAGAGAAACAUUAUUUGGACCAAAUGAUGCAGAAGAAAAUAAGCUUAAGAUUCAAAAUGGAUUGGGCAUAUUACAGGAAAUGAUAAAUAAUCCAAAUAGAAUGGCUCCAGAAAUCCCGGACGAACCAGGCCCCAAUAAAUGGGAUCAAGCCCCUACCUUGUAUAAUGAACCAAACACAUGGAUACCAAACGUGAUGACGGUACCAAAUAGCUGGAAACCGGCACCGGGAUACCAAAAUAUUCCAAAUGGCUUGUUACAUCUGAGUACAAUAAACAUUCCAAAUGGUUUUAUUCCGACAGGAACAAAACUGUCACAAGAAGUAUACGAUCCUACGGACUUUAAAACAAACGGUAUCUUUCCGUUCGAAUAUACCACUUUAGACUCUAACGCCUAUCCCUACGAUUUAGCAAAACGGGCCAAAAUAACUGAAACAAAUAUAAAUCCAAUAUAUAGAAACCUUGCUCUACCCUCAAGUCUUCCCAAUACUCAGCUACCAUAUUUCGGAUUUGGUAUAAUAAGAUAUCCUGGUGCUUAUCCAACUUUUGAUCCCAGGAUGUUGGCUCGAAGAAAUCUUGCAUUGUUUCCAAGUUCUCAGCGAUUUUUAAUAGACAACGGUUUUCUCUACAAUCGAAUGUGCUGUUAUUAAUUUGCAAAAUCAUAAUGCAUAUUUAGUUACCUCUCAGCUAUAACUAGCCUCGUGAUUGAGGAAAAAAUGUCGCGAUAGUCUUCUAAUAAAACUGAUUGCAAAUUCAUAUUCCAUAGGUAUAGAUCAUUAUUUAUAGAAGGUUUAUAUACAAGUAUAAAUAUUAUAUUAUUAUUAAUCAUAAUAUUUUUAUAAUUUAAUGUUAAAAUAAAUAAGUUUAGCUAU